GAAGUCCUUGCUGCGCUGGAGAAGGCCACAGGCGAUAAGUUCGAAAGGAUCGACGAGAACAGUGAGGAAGAGCUGAACAAGGUCAGGCCCAAGAUGUUGGGAGGUGAUGGGGAGGCAACAGAAGAAGUCGUUGCGAUCUGGGGAGUCGUUGCAGCUGACUGGAGUAAGAGGGAGGGCUUUGCGAAUACGUUGUUGGGGCUGAAGCAGGACGACCUUCAAGAGACUGUCAAGGAAGUUUUGGCUUCUCUAUAGUUACUUCUAGUGAUUCCAGCGUGUUCAGACACACGACAUCACGUUCUGUCGAUGGGUGCUGCAUGUCUUCAGGUGUUUGGUCAGAUGAGCAACAUCACGAUGUAUCGUGGAGCAUCUCAGCUAGCCAUACUCACAUUAGCUACGCAUGUUCUAUUGUCUUUUGUUGUCACAAUAGUAAGCUCAGACCUAUCACUAGCAAUUGAAUCGCCCAGGUAUGUAUAUCUACAAAAGAAAAGUAAGACAUAUGGUUCCCAACUCCACCUUUCCAGCCACAUCAUGAUUCCUACAUCUUCCCCUUCCAGGAGUUUCCUAUAUUCAACUAUACAUCGGCGCCGAGUUAAUAGCUUGGUCACAAAAGUAAAGAGUAAGAAGCCUUCUAAUCUUGGUCCUUUGCUGCAAGAUAUUCGAACCAAACUCGGCAGCAAUUGGACGUUCUAUCAGGAGUGCCUGGAUAGUAUCGUGGGAGCUGCCGCUCGCGAACAAGACACUAUUGCUUGGUUAGAGCAGAUGCAGCAGGUUGUAGAAGGAAGAGAAGAUCUGGUGUGUAGCCAUGAAGGCGUGCUCUUCUUACUCAGUGAGAUGGGCAUAGCGUUGCCUAGACAACAGGGCUUUGUUGGAGUAGAGGCAAUCGCACAAGCAACCUCAUCACAACCACAAGACGGUUAUACACUGUCUUCUGCUUCGUUAGUCGACAUUAUGGCUCCUUCACCACUUUCCCGUGCUUUGUCGACUCCUCCGCCAUCAUUCACCACCGUCAAGAUACGAACACAACCCCAAAAUCUCCCUGAACGCAUGAGAAUCACACCUUUCGACUUCAACCCGCCUACGCCUCCUCCCUCCGCAACCUUUUCGCCCCGAAACACCGCCAAUUUCGCUUUUCAAGGUGCGGCGCCCUUCACUGCCUGCACGCCCAUCAGGCUGGCAAGCAAUGUGGAUCCUAUCUUCUUCACCGAUCCGGACUUCCAGCGAGAUAUACAGAAGUUCUUCGGAGUCGCAAGUCGUAGCAACGGUAAACCGCAAGUAAUGCGCAAACCUGUACGCCAUCAAGACGAGACUGAGCUCGUUCCGCAUUACAGCGCUAACGAGGACGAUCUGAAUGUCUGGAUGCGGCGAUUCGAGGCAAGUAGCAAAGUGAAGGCGACUAUCGACCAGGGCAGGGCCGUGGUACGUACCGACGGACGCGAAGAGCUUGAUGGCUUACGACAUGACCUGCGGAGAGACAAGACGGAGAGAUAUUAGGGUACAGGUGGAGGUCGUGGCUGACGCUUCCUGUAUUUCUGGGUAAGGGAGGGCGGUUGUAUGCGACGACAAGACGUCAGACUGGAAUGGUUUUUGCGGCGUUAGGAGGGCACGAUACCUAUUGAACAGACAGUGGAACGGGUGCUCAUACUUUGGGUUUGCAUACACACGGAGUUGGUACGGCAUGGACGAUAC